GUUGGUAUGAGACAAGCUCAUGCCUUUGGAAGCUAUGUCAGGCACUGUUACGCUGACUUUGUUGGAAACACUUACAGUAGUGAUCAGGUAUUGAUACGAAGCACGAGCAGAGAGAGAACACUAAUGACCGCUCAGUGUGUAGCUGCAGGCUUGUUUCCUGUGAUUCCUAAUGGGAAUGAGGACGCGUCUUUUCCACCUUGGUCUCUCGGAACAUGGCAACCCAUUCCUGUGCUGACAACACCCUAUGGAACGGACAAAUUGAUGCACCCAGACCAUGCCUGCCCAUAUGUGCAGGCCUUAAAGGAUGGAAACCUGGCCACCAUUGCAAUGAAAAAAAAUCUAAUAAAUAACAAGGCUUUGAUGUUCAAACUUAGUCAGCACACGGGAAUGGUGAUCAAUACUACCUCUCUACAUGGUCUGGCUGACACAGUCUACUGCCAGCUACUUCACAAUAUGACCCAGCCACAGUGGUUGACCAAGGCCGUGGAGGAACAGCUUGUGAAGUAUUACCUGAAUGUGCCAAACACUGCCCCGGAGGUGGCCAAGUAUCUAACAGGAAAUCUCCUGCGAGCUAUCACUGACAACAUGAUGGCCAGAGCGGACGACGAAGGAGAGAAGCUCAAACUGUACCUGUACUCAGGGCAUGAUACCAAUGUUGGUUCCUUGAUGUCCUUACUGGGUUUUGGCAAUGGCAUCCAUGUUCCAUUUCUCGGGGCUCUCAUCUUUGAGCUGCACAAGAUUGAAGGAGAGCACUUUGUACGACUUCUGUAUAAAAAUGAUUCUUCAUUGCCACCUUUUGUGAUGAAAUCAGAACGUUGCUAUAGGGAAUUUUGCCCUUUACACUCCUUUGUGAAAGCUUAUAAAGACUAUGUGAUGACAGAAGAGGAGUGGGGCACCCUGUGCAGUGAGACAAAGUCUCCCGGUGGCUUUGUUAUUGAUGACCGUGCGAUACCCAUAAUGGUGGCUGUUCUGGUAGCUCUCUUGGGUCUCUUAGUCUUCCUAGCUUUCAAAGCUCUUCAGUACAGGCAGCAGAUCCGACUGGGGCCGGGGAGUGAACAGUAUGCCUUGCUCAACGAGGGAACGGAUGGGACCAGCGAUAGCGAAACGGAGAUUUACAUGAUGGAGGAGACUCCAGAACAGAGUUCCAGUCACAGAAUUGCCAACGGUACGUUUGAUGCGGAUGAUGAAGAGGAGGAGUAUGAUGAUGUCGAUAAGUCGAGGAAAGUUCGAGGUCUGCGUGAUCAUGGUAACGAUGAGAUGGAGGAUGAGUUUUAGUACGUUGUGAUUCUAAAAUAUCUUUUAUUUGAUUUUGUUGUGAUUUUUGGCAGCUGUGACUGUGUAUUCAAAACACCCUCUUUUGUGAUACUGCAGGAGUACACUUUGAAAAUUUGUCAUUGAAUUCUUGGAAAAUGAGACAAUUGUGUAUGUGUGCUGUUAAUGAAAGAAAUAAGGUGAUGAGAAGUAUUCAUGAUGCACAGUUAUGACAUUUUUACUGCUGUUUAUUUAAGCUAUGACCUUUAAAUAGAUGUACUAUGUACAUUUAGAUUCAAAAGAGGCCAUACGUUUUACUUGUUCCCCAAAAUACUGUGUUUUGAUCUGAACAUUCCAUGAACCAGUUGUUUCUUUUAAUUUUUGUUUGUUCUAGUUCCUGUUCCUGCUUAUCACCUUGCAAUAAUCAUUCAUUUUAAUGUAUCUAAGGUUCUUUUUCCUUUUUUAAAAAUUGUCUUCCAAACAGCCAUCUUCAAUUUCUGCUGUUAUUGCUGCUUACUCUUUUAAAGUAGUUCUUUUUUAUGCACUGAUUCAUGGAAUUAAAAUGUGAGUGAAAAUGUUUUCUGAGGAUAAUGAAACGUGACAUUGAUAUAACCUUUGUCAUUACUACUUCAUUCCUUUUUUUGAGAUUUGAUAGUUGUUAAAUGAAAAACUCUCUUUGCCUCCCUCAGUGCAUUAUUUCUUAUGCACUAGCAUUUUCAUACUGUUCUGUGUUGUGAAGAAUAGAUCGAAAUCUUUGGUAUACAAUUAUCAAUAUAUUCAACUGCACCUUUUUAUUUAUAUUGCUCUUUAUGAUGAUGUUUGCAGUUUUUAGUUUCUGUGAAUUGUUUAUAUGUCACCAGAGUGAGCAAUGCUGGUCAUGCUCUUGUUUAGUGACAUAAUUGUGAUGUUUGGUUCCUUAUUAUACCAAAGUUAUAUGUAUUUUCUAAAGUGAUAAUUACUUUGAUGCUAAUCUAUGUCCUACUAAAGGCAAGAUAGUCUAGUUUGGAGACAGAGCAUUUGAUCCCUCUGGGCUGGGAUACAAUAUGUAGCAAUUCAACAUAAUGAGUCGCUUGUUGCACUCAGGUGUUCCGAGAUAUCGUACAAAACUUCAAUUUUUUAAAAACUGUUUUUUUGACACCUCAACUGUAAGUGACCAUAACUUUGAAACCAAAGCAGCUAGACUGAUACUGUCUUCAUACACUUGAACGUCUUGAACAGAUCUUUACUUUUACAUAUUUAUAGUAUUGUAUUGUCAAAAUACGACUUGCAACUAAUUUUAUCAUGUUGUGACACAAAUAUUAAAAAAAUUCUGACUAGACUCAGUUUCAAACCUUGGCCUUCUACAUGCUUUUCAGGAUUGUGAUAACAGCAAAUGACAUUUCUCUGUUAUCUUCUGAGGGUGAUCAUAAAAGUUAUGCAGGGCCCAGGGCUUUGAUUGAUAAGCAGAUUGAAAAGAUGGCGCUCAUCUUGACAUGAGGAUGUAAUGGAGCUGUGUCUGGCUAUCUCUUGGUUCUUUGAGCCAUCAACUUCAGACCUUUUUUUUUCCUUUUUGAGUUUUUUUCUAUUAUAGUCCUUUUGGUGGGGGGCGCGGGGGCUUGAGGAAAUGGGAUUGAAAUGUGUUUAAAUAUUUUGUUGAACAGAUAAGGAGUAGGCUUUUUAAAAGUUUAAACAAAAUCUCAUUUUAUUUAUUUAUUUACUCUCAUGCUUUGAUCUGCUGAUAGAUUGUUUGAUCAUUUUUGUCUUUUUCAUCACAUUUCGUCUAGGUCGUUAUUGCCUGCAACACCGGUGCUCUCAUGUUAGCAGUGAGAAGAAGAGCAGUAAGAGCAAAGUUACACAAUCAAAGAUCUUUAACUUUAAGCAUUCAGCUUACUCUCGUUUUUUUAAAAUUUAUUUUGUUUGUUAUAAUAAUAAAGAAGGCAAAAUAUGUUCAUGUUUAUAUGCUAGUCAUCAUAGCAUUUAUUUAAUUUUUGCAAUCUGUUUGUGUCAAUAUUUUCUCUUUGUAAUGAUGGAAAGAUGAAUACUUGUGUGGAGAGUCUUUUUCUUUUUCCCCUGAUGGCUUAGAACUUUUAGUCCAGAACAUCUUGCACUUUGUUUGUAAUUAUGUGUUCCAGUUGAAUUUUUAACAUUUGUGAGGGAGUUUUACUUCUAAAGUCUGUUUUGUAUCCCAGUUGAUUCUUUAGAAUUCGUCCAUACAUACUUAGGAAAGCAGUUAAUCUAAAGGUCAGCAAAAUAUUACUUUUCAGUUUCUUAAGUUAAACUUUAUCCUUCUUUGCAGAAUGUUUGACCCCUGGUGAUUAACUUAUCAGAACCAUCUUUUUCAGUGGGUCGUGCUUAAGGUUGGACUGAAUAAGAGAAAAAUGUGUUUGCAAUCGGUUUACUUUUUAAAUGUACAAAGGUUCGUCAAUGAUGCCAAACUUUUUGAAUUCAUUGUAUUUAUCUUUUUUUUUGUUUAAGAUUGGUCAAAAUGUAUUCAUGGCCCUCAUGUUUACUACUAGUCAUGGCUAGUCAACUAUAGGUUCACACAGUGUCUUUAUUUUAUUCAUUUGAAGGCCGUUUUUCCCCUCCAUCAGAUAAUGUAUCUUUCCUUUCUUGGAGCUGUAAGUGCCAUUUUCAUUAUUUAUACUGAACAGAGUUUCUUUAAAUUUGGGUAGUGGUUAAUUGCAAUUUUGCCAGCCUGCUUUUCAAUAUUUUUUUUCAACUGUCGAGAUUUCUUAAUGUUUGCAAUGUGCACAUAGGAUGGGAUUUAAAAAAUAUUCUUCUCUGGUUUUGAAGAAAACUAAAUAAAUGCCUGACUCCAACAUAACCUUCCCUAAGGCCGUUGUUAUCUAUGCUGUACUUUGGAGUUGGUUUAUGUGCAUAUAAUUUAUAAGUGAUGUUCCCACCUUUCUUUGGAACUCUUUUACACUUACAUUUCUACAUCAAUUUCUUGAUACUUCAGAAUAUAUGAAAUUUAUGAGUCUGUGGUCCACUGCUGUUAAGAAGUUUUAGAUUUUGAAUCUUUUUGGUCAGAAAGCCAUGACUGAUAAUUUUGUCAUGGGUUUCGCAUGAGGAUAUGGAGUAUCUGUAAGUGGCUAAUCAUAUGUAUUGAAUAACAUCUAAGAGAGCAGAAAACAUUACUUCUGCUGGCUGUGUGUCACUUUCAUCGUCACUUUGACUCCUUUUAGUGCUGUCUGAGUUUUUGACCUGGAAUUUGGUGAUUUACAAAAAGGUUGUCAAGGUUUGUUGUCUUGACAGAUAUUUAUCAAGCACUUGAAUUUUUUUUCUUCUUUGGAUAUUUUGCCAUUUAUUUCAAUUUCCAUUUUUUUCACCCCAUAAGAGUAUUAAGAGUGAGAUAUAUCAAAAGAGGACAAUGUUAAUGUUGUUCCAUAUUCAUUAUGAUGUAAAUAUUUGUUGAUCUCAUGCUUUAUUUAAUAAUAUAAAUCAAACAAGUUUAGCAGAGCCAUUCUUAUACCGUAAUUUUGGUUUUGACGGCCUCUCUCAUUACGUUCUUAUUUGUUGCUGUAGCUGGUUACUGUACUGGUGUGAAUUAUAUUUUCUUUCUUUUUGAAAAGAAAAACAAUAUGUUGCAGCUUUCUGUAAUGUAAUUUUCAUUGUUGAUGCUCUGUUCCUUGAACAAAGGGCAAGUCUGUUUCAGUCUUUUUGAAACUCAUCUUCGAUACUCCUAAUCUGAAAUAUUUUAUUGUUUUCUUGUGACUUCCAUUUCUGUUAAGUUUCUCAUAUCAGUCUUUUGUAUAUAUGAAUAUACAUGCUCUUCAGCCUUCAGCAUUGUUACUGUUAUAAUGAAAGUUUAUGCUUUAACUUUUUUUCAAGAUGUAACUUUCUAUUCCAAUCUGUAUCUCUUCUCUAGUGCCUCAUUUUUGCCAACAUUGAUAAUUUGCUCAACAUUUGUGCUGUCCAAAUAAAGUAUCGGUGUGGUUCGUUUUGAAGGUGAUAUGUUAUAGUUGCAACAGCAGCUGCAGCAGUAAUAGUUGUUGUUGGAGUACAUGUCUUAAUUUGGGUUUUGUGAAGAAGGAGACUGUAAAGCUUCAUCGUGAUAACUGUAGUUAAAUAGUAUAAUGGAACGUUG